CCGGCCGGACGAUGGCAGCAGCAGAGCGCGACCGCGAGCGAUGGAUCCUGCCCGGCGCGACGGCGCUGGUCACCGGCGGGAGCAAGGGGAUCGGGCACGCGAUCGUGGAGGAGCUGGCGGCGCUGGGCGCGCGCGUGCACACGUGCUCCCGCAACGCCGCGGAGCUGGAGGAGUGCCGCCGGAGGUGGGCAGAGAAGGGCGGCGGCCUGCUGCAGCAGGUGACCGUCUCCGUCUGCGACGUCGCCGUGCGCGCCGACAGGGAGGCGCUCAUGGCCACCGUCAGGGAUGUCUUCGGCGGCAAGCUGGACAUCCUCGUGAAUAACGCGGCGCAGGUGGUCUUCAAGCCGGCGGUGGAGUGCACCGGGGAGGAGUACACGCGGAUCAUGGCGACCAACCUGGAGUCCUGCUUCCACCUCAGCCAGCUCGCGCACCCGCUGCUCCGCGACGCCUCCCUCGCCGGCGGCGGGAGCGUCGUGCACAUCUCCUCCACCGCGGGCCUCCUCGGCUUUCGAGGGGCGGUGCUUUACAGCACUGCGAAAGGAGGAGUGAACCAGCUCACGAGGAGCCUGGCUGCUGAGUGGGCCUGUGACAAGAUUCGUGUCAACUCGGUCGCGCCAGGAAUCGUCAUGACUGACAUGGUUAAGAACGCAGCAAGCUCGGAGGCCGUCGAGCAAGAAACUUCACGGAUUCCGCUGCGGCGGGCCGGCGAGCCGGCAGAGGUGGCGUCCGUGGUGUCGUUUCUGUGCAUGCCGGCGGCCGCCUACGUCACCGGCCAAGUCAUCUACGUUGACGGUGGCCGAACCAUAAGAGCUUGACGAUGACCAGCAUCAUCAUCAUCUACGUCUACGUGGAAUCUAACAAACGCACUCCAUCCACAAACCUAGCUACAGUGGCCCGGGAUUUCACAUAUAUGUAGCCACACACAUGCAUGACACAUGUGUGUGUGAUAAAUAAAAGAAUUCUUUAUGC